AUGGCUGGCAACAACAUCAUUGGAAAAGUUUAUGUCAGAACCGCCUCUGCCUCUGUAAGCAACGGUAACUCGUCAUACAAUGUCAAUCCGAGAGACAUUCGACACAUGUUUCCAGAUGCAAUGCGCUUCAAGCUGGAUGGACAUCCUGGACGUCAUUACAGGAGUACGCAGCUCAGCAACAGCAAUGUUGCCAUCAGUAUGUCUUGCUUGAGGGAGUCAGUAAACCCGGCCUCGCAGGAUCUUCCUUUAGUAUCAUCAAAUACGACUACUCCAUCUUUCAAUUCUUCCCUCACUACCCCCAAUAAUGGACAAACCGAGAUGAUCAACACUAGUCUUGGAAAGGGUAUAGAGCUAUUGCUAGAGGUCAAAGACUAG